AUGGCGGAACUCGACGACAGAGAUUUGGAUUUCAUUUGUGCAGCUGCAGAAGCAACAAAGACUGUCUCUAGUUGCAUAGCGUUUUGUACUUUAACCCCUCUAUGGAUAUGGCUAACUUUAUAUAUGGUAAAUCAAAGCUCCGUCUCAUUAUCUCUUGAAGAUUUUACUAUAGCUGAUGUUCAAACCUCCAACGUCUCCGCUCCUAACCAGACAUUUAUUUACUUCAAACUCCACCUCGAAAAUAAAAAAGAUGUUAUGUCACUUGAUUAUGGAAACCUCAGCCUCAGUUUUUCUUAUUAUCGCGGUUCAGAUGAUAUUGUUCAACUAGCCAACUACACCAUUCAGAAAUUCCAUCAGGGUAUUAGUAAAAAGACCAAUCAACAAACUUCUGUGAUGCUAAAUCCAGGGAUCUCGUGGCGAGAAAUUUCCAAGAACGCGACGUCUGUGAUUUCUCGGGUUGAUUUAGCAGGUGUAGUAAGAUUCAGCCAGUUGCACUACUUCAAGAGCAAGAAGCGCAAGAUAAUGGCAUGGGCUAAGGUGGAGCUUGAUCCAGUCAGUGGUAACAGAAUGAGUAAGAAAGCUGUUCGGCUGAAGCAUACGAUUAAGCAUCAUGUUAGUGGCUGGAUUACUUUCUUUUUCGUAGUCAUGAUAAUUGCUACUAUUUGUUCACCUCUUUCCCUUUCGAUAAUAUUCCUUAUAGAGUAA